AUGUCCUUAGAAGAGCUAACAUGCAAGAUGCUGCCGAACAAGUUUCCUAUACCUAUAUGCAAGCAAAUCAUCAAACAGUGGCUGCUCAGCUUGGACUUUCUUCAUCGUGAACACAGCAUAGUUCAUACUGACUUGAAAUUGGACAAUCUGCUCUUGCAUGUCGAGGAUAUGAAAUGUAUACCUUCACUGGAAACCUCAGAAACCUCUGCAAUCGACCUGUCCUGCAUCUUUCUCAGGCCAUCGGCAGUGGUCACAAGUGAGCUUGGUGUUGCUAGCAAAAUAGAAAAGGUUUAUUUCUGGAUUCUAUAUGGCCUGCCUGUUAACAUAUGGAACUUGGGUUGCCUCGCAUUUGAGCUCAUGACAUAUUGCUGGCUCUUCAAUCCCCCAAGCAAUGUCUCGAUGGUCACAAAAUGA